CUGACAUCAUUGAGACAAUUGUGAUAUUGAAAAGAAUGUUUCCGUGAAUUGCCUUGUUCUGGGGAAUUCGGAAAAGACGAAUAACUGUUAUUGAUGUCAUUCGUGUAUUGGACUUGGAUUCCUUACUUGUGCUGGUUGAUCAGGAUUGCGAGCCAUGAAUGAUAUACAUGUUUUAACAUUCUUGUUUUGGCACAUAUGUUAAAGUUUCAAUAAAAGACAUCGAAAUGGAUUUUAAAAACCAAUGGAUUAUUAAUUGUUUGCUUAUUGUCAUUAUUGUUUUAUUCGAUAAAUCUCUGACUUUACCAACAGUGCAGUCACUACCGGAUAAACAGAAAGCAUAUAUAACAUUGAUUCAAUCUUUAAAUGAAUUAGAUCUACUACUAAAAACUAAUGCCAAUGUGGAUGAUAAUUGUGUUGUUAUCAAAAUCAUGACAGAGGAGGUAACAGAAGGGAAUACACCCACUGAUGUCAUAAAGAUAAUAGUAGAAAAGCAUGUAGCCGUUGAAAGUAAACUUGAUAAAUCAGGUGAAGUGUCAGUUAAAAGAAGGAAUAAUUCCGUUUUCAUAGGCCCAUGUUUUGAACACGAAACACGGGUGCAUGGUUCUACAGUUGAUUCGACAGUAAAACGUUUAGUAAAACCACAAGCUUUGUCUUUGACAAGGGACAAUGUAAGCAUCACUGACCCCGAUACAGUAUACGACAACAUUAAAUCCCUAAAGAAAAUGAAUACCACAGUCAAUACGGACACAAAUGACACAGCAGCUGCGGUAGUGAAAGAAAAUGAAGACAAAAAUCAGGGUUUAAGCAGAACCCAAGUCAUUGUGAUCGCAACAUGCUCAGCCGUCAUUGGGACUUUCUUCAUAAUAGCCGGAGCUCUACGUAUACAUAGUUGCAUUAAGCGGUAUCGUGCCAACAGGGAAGCAGUCCUGAGUAUAGCCCGUCGGACCAGCACGAUCGGGUUUAAUGGAACCAACCUAUCGAGGCGCGAAAGUGCAUGUAGCAAGGCGAGCAGGCAGAGUCAUUCCAUGUUCAAAACCGGAAGUCACCAUGACGUAAACACUCCAUCUAACAAUUCCCAUCAUUCAUCGAAGCACAGUCUAGAUAAUAAACCGCUACUUUCGGUUGCACAUCUGAACCAGCGUUCGGAUGGUACAAGUUGGCACGGAUCGUUAGUUUAUAUAGAUGAGGAUUUGCACAAACGCACAAAGGACCAUAGUUAUAUCGGAUCCGAUAACGGGUCGGAGGAUGACGCUUUAUUGCGCAAGUCCCCAAAUUCCACAGGAAGCUCCAUCGAUGUCCCUCUGGCAGAUGUUUACAAAAUCGAGAAAGAGUCUCUGACGUCACCAGUGAGGUCACCCGAACGUAAUAUGACGUCAUCUGGUUAUAGGUCAGAAUCGGUAGAUAAAUCUAGUACUUCACUUUCAAGGAACGUAGUUUCACCAAGUAGAUCUCUAGUGUCACCACAAAGGAGCGAAAUAUUUGAACCCGGAGGAGAAGAUGAUGAGGAAUUAGAUAAUGCUGUGUUGAAUGAGUUUCAAGAUAAUGAAGAGGAUACAAGUGCAAGCAUACACAGGAGUGUUUCCAGUCGAGGGGACGACUCUAUAAGCAAAUGUAAUGCUUUGGAUCAAAACGGUGAAAAAGGAAAUGAGGAGGAAGUAGCGGAAGGUGAUAGAAAAGAUGGCAGAAAAAGGAGUAAAAGGCAAUAUUCUGUAGACUAUUUCGACGGCGACGAGUUUACUGAGAGGACAUUUAACAACUGUAAAGGCAUAUAUGAGGCAGAUGAACAAACCGAAGAAUCAUCACUGAUUGAAAAUGCAACAACUGGGCUCAACCAAUCAAACAAUAGUCUUUCUGAAAAUCCUUCUUAUCAGUAUGGAAACCAAACUGAAUACUGUCAAAACGGAAAUUAUCGAAAUUACUCUUACAGUCCAUCGAUUAACUACCAUUACUUGCCAAACAUAAUGUUAGACACAUCACCCUUACAAUCGACAUACAAUUACAGCCUUGAUACGAAGGAUUCCUUCCAGGAGUUUGACCAAGCUAGAGCAGGGCCUAAGUCGCCACUUUCAAGGAUGCAGUCAUCUGAUAGUUAUUUUGAAACAAACAGAAGGUUUCUAUGUGAAACGAAAUCAACCCCACCAGUAAUAGAAGAAACUCAUCCAGUAAUUCAUUCAGAGAUUGUGCCUCUAUCAAUGUAUAAGAGUGGUAUCUUACAGCAUAAUGAAUCCCAAGAAACUUUCUAAUUAUUAUUUUAACUCAACUCUGUUGUUCUUUGUUCUUGUUAAAUCUUUAUUUGUUUUAAAUAAACGUUAUGUCAUUGAAUUUGUCUGAGGGUCUAAUAGGAUCGUAUUAUAGAUUGCAUGCUUAAUGGCCUCUAUGCGUGUUUCUUUAGCUGACAUUGUUUGUAGGGGUUUAAUUUCAUUAUAUACGUUUUUGGUAUAGCUUAACAUGACCUCCUCUUUAAUAACAUACUUAAAAUAAAAUACUUUAAACACCCUUAAAUUCUCUUAAUAAUUAAUUACAUUGUAUAAAUAAUUCGAUAUUUACUUCGUAUUUUUGUAUAGUAUUUGAAUAAACGUCACAAGCGGAUGUAUUGGUAUAAUGGACACAGUUACAUUGUAUGUUUAUCAAUUUGUUUAUGUAGUUGCAGUUUUGUGUUACAUUUGUUUUGGUUUAAAACCGUUUCCUGAUGUCAACAAUUUCCCCUCAAGGACGGGGCCUCUGUGUUCUUGUUCCUUCAGUUGACAUUGCUUGUGUGUGUGUGUUUUUUAAAAUGUAUUUAUAAAACUUUUGGCUGGAGCUUUAAAUGUUCUUUAUUUAUAUAAACUGUCAGAUAAAAAAAAUGAAAAUAUAAUUUUAAUAUUUUCC